UGUGGCACCCUGUCCGAGGUGGGCCCCAACGAGAACCUGACGGAGCGCAGCCUGCAGGAUGCUCAGCGCCUGUUCCUGAUGAGCGAGGCCGUGCAGCCAGUGACACCUGAGCCUUGUGUCACCCAGGACAGCGUGCGCUUCUCACAUCUCGUAGUGGACCUUGUGCAGGCCAAAGACACGCUCUAUCACGUGCUCUACAUCGGCACGGAGUCAGGGACCAUUUUGAAGGCACUGUCCACGACGAGCCGCAGCCUCCGCGGCUGCUACCUGGAAGAGCUGCACGUGCUGCCCCCGGGGCGCCGCGAGCCCCUGCGCAGCCUGCGCAUCCUGCACAGCGCUCGCGCGCUCUUCGUGGGGCUGAGCGACGGCGUGCUGCGCCUCCCGCUGGAGAGGUGCACCGCCUACCGGAGCCAAGG